AUGUGUCAGUUGGCUCACGAGGGCCACCCUGGUCAAUCCAUGAUGAAGCGAAGGUUACGUGAUCGUUGCUGGUGGCCUGGUAUUGAUCAGGAUGCCGUUAAAGUUUGUGAGAAUUGCGAGGGUUGCAGGCUUGUUCAAAUUCCCGACCCUCCAGAACCAAUGUCGCGUCGCCAAUUGCCGGAUAAACCUUGGGUGGAUAUUGCAAUCGACUUCUUGGGUCCCAUGCCAACCGGCGAAUACGUGCUGGUAGUAAUAGAUUAUUAUAGCCGCUUCAUGGAAUUGGAAAUUAUGACCAAGAUCACUGCCUUUGAAACCAUCAAACGGCUCAACCGAAUUUUCCGAACCUGGGGACCUCCAAGGACGAUUACAUUAGAUAAUGCAAAACAGUUCGUUUCGACCGAGUUUGAAGAAUUCUGCAAAAAUAAUGGAGUCCAUUUGAAUCAUACUUCACCGUACUGGCCACAAGCCAACGGUGAAGUAGAGCGGCAAAAUAGAUCAUUGUUAAAACGAAUGAGAAUUUCUCACGCGUUGUACGAUGAUUGGAAAGCAGAACUUCAUCAAUAUCUGCAGCUCUACAACAAUACUCCACACUCGGUUACAGGAGUCUCACCGAACGAACUAUUGCAGAACCGGAAAGUUCGGACGACGACCUGGAAACGAUACCACCUAGCACUGACUUGGAGCGCAAGACGUUCGGAAAAGAGCGGGAAGAUGCCAAACGUAGAGCGAGGACCAGUGAAAUCGUCGUUGGUGACACCGUGUUAA